AGGUCCGCGCAGGCGCAGGCGCGCGAGCGGGAAGAUGGCGGCCGGGUUCAAAACUGUGGAACCUAUGGAGUAUUACAGGAGAUUUUUGAAAGAAAACUGUCGUCCUGAUGGAAGAGAACUUGGUGAAUUCAGAACCACAACUGUCAACAUAGGUUCAAUUAGUACAGCAGAUGGUUCUGCUUUAGUGAAGCUGGGGAACACUACAGUAGUUUGUGGAGUUAAAGCGGAAUUUGCAGCACCACCAACAGAUGCCCCUGAUAAAGGAUAUGUUGUUCCUAAUGUGGAUCUACCACCCCUGUGUUCAUCGAGAUUUCGGUCUGGACCUCCUGGAGAAGAGGCCCAAGUAGCUAGCCAGUUCAUUGCAGAUGUCAUUGAAAAUUCACAGAUAAUUCAGAAAGAGGACUUGUGCAUUUCUUCAGGAAAGCUUGCUUGGGUUCUAUACUGUGAUCUCAUUUGCCUUGACUAUGAUGGAAACAUUUUGGAUGCCUGCACAUUUGCUUUAUUAGCAGCUUUAAAAAAUGUACAGUUGCCUGAAGUUACUAUAAAUGAAGAAACUGCUUUAGCAGAAGUUAAUUUAAAGAAGAAAAGUUAUUUGAAUAUUAGAACUCACCCUGUGGCAACUACCUUUGCUGUGUUUGAUGACACUUUGCUGAUAGUUGACCCUACUGGAGAAGAGGAGCAUCUGGCAACAGGAACCUUAACAAUAGUAAUGGAUGAGGAAGGCAGACUCUGUUGUCUUCAUAAACCAGGUGGAAGUGGACUCACUGGAGCUAAACUUCAGGACUGUAUGAGCCGUGCAGUUACAAGACACAAAGAAGUAAAAAAACUCAUGGAUGAAGUAAUUAAUAGUAUGAAACCCAAAUAAAAAGUCACAUAUUCCGAACAGAUUUGUAAAAACUAUAUUGUUACACUGUGCACAAACUUUUUAUACUAAAUAAAUAUCAAACUACAUUCUUCUGAAA